AUGUGCUGUUCUGAGCACAAUGAUCUCAGCUUGGUUAAUUUAAAGGACAUUACCACAUAAUAACCUUUAUUCCUCAAUUUUUAUGGUUGUUAUUGUUUUGAAACCUAAUGGUUUGGCUAUAUUCUAGUUUGGGCCAAUAAUUUUUCUCAGUCAUUUUACAACAUUUAUAUGAACAAAGCAAAGAGACAAUACAAUCUAACUCCUCUAGGUAAAUUCUUCUUUUAAAUACUUCCAGAAUUGAAUUUGUUCUUUUCCAUUGUGUCUAUUCCUAUACUGGGAGGGCUGGCAAUGUAUAGAGAUGAAAUCAAAUUAAUUACAAUUCCUUUAGCCACUUUUGAUAGUGAAAGAAUUAUUGGCUUUUAUGUGUAUAUUUCUUUAUCUGGAUUAUUAGGCAUAUGCCUGACUCUAUUUGUAACAUUAGCUUACCAAGUUUGCGAUCCAAUGACAGUGAAUGUUGUAGGAGUCUUUAAAGAUGUUUUGUUGUCUCAGCCAAAAACAAAAACUAUAUGA